UGUCGUUGCAAUUUCUUUACCCAAAUUGAAAAGAUUUUUCUGAUUCCUGAGAAAUGGGUGGAAGUUUUAUUGAUGAUGAUUGGGAGUCUGGUUCUGCUUCACACAGAGCCCGAACAGUCGUCUUGGUUGGGCGUACAGGAGAUGGAAAAAGUGCAACCGGUAACAGUAUUCUCGGAAGAAAGGCAUUCAAGUCAAUGAAUAGUCCUGACGGCAUUACCAGCACGAGUGAGCUGCAGACGGCCGUGUUGGAAGAUGGUCAAAUCAUUAAUGUGAUAGACACCCCGGGUUUAUUUAACAAAUCGGCCGAACCUCAGCUUGUUGGAAAAGAGAUCGUGAGAUGCAUUGACAUGGCAAAGGAUGGCAUCCACGCAGUGCUUGUAGUUGUGUCACUUAGCAGCCGAAUCUCAUUAGAGGAAGCAGCUACUGUUGAGACCCUGCAAAAAUUAUUUGGAGACAAGAUUACAAAAUAUAUGAUAAUGGUUUUUACUGGGGGUGAUGACUUUGAAGAAGACGAAGUGAACUUUGACGAUUACUUGAGUCGUUCAGAGUCCAUAAAGGGAAUGCUUGAGAUUUGCGGAAACAGGUGGGUGUUAUUUGAUAACAAGACAAAAAAUACAGCCAAGAAAGCUGAACAACUUAAGCAACUUCUUUCCCUAGUGGAUGACGUUGUCAAGAAAAAUGGAGGAAAACCUUAUACUAAUAAGUUAUUUGUCGAGUUUCAGAAAGCAGCUGCAAAACUUCGAGAUCAAGCUAAAGAGCUGAAUUCUUUGGAAGGUUACUCCAAAGAGGAGAAAAUUGAGCGGGAGGUGCAGAUAUAUCAAUCAUAUGAGGAGCAUCUGGCACGAAGUACUGAUAUGGUUGAGACAAAGCUUAGGGAGGCAACACAUGAACUUGAACAGCAAUUGGCAGAAGAGCAAGAUGCUCGCUUAAAAGCAGAGCAAACUGUGCGAGAAACUCUAGCGAAAUCAGAUAAUGAGAUCUGUAAAUUGAGACAGAAUUUAGAGACGAGCCAAAGGCUGGCUGAGCAGCUCAAAAAGUUUGGUAAAAAUUUGGGUUGUCAUAUUAUGUGACUGGAUAUUCUAGAUACUGUACAUCUGGGGGGCGACUAAAUGCAUAUUCUGGGAAGCUAAAAUUUACUGUUACACAUUAUUAGUUUAUGGCACUGAAGUUUGCAACUUAGCUGUGCCCAUCUUCAUGGAACUGUGGUGGUUCGAUCUGUUGUCUUAUCAUCGCCUAUGCGUGUUUUGUCCAUCAUUGUGGUAUUUUGUUAUAUAGUGGAAUCCUUGCUCUACUUGGCAUUUCCAAA